CGCGCACAUUUGAACAACCUCACUCUCGCCACGGUUCACAACCUUCAAUGACACGUUGCAAGUACGCAUGUAUACAUGACCGUUCCUCACGCAUCUGAAUCGUGCGCAUAUCAUCGUUGCGCCAUCACCUCCAGGCCGCUCAUGCGUCGUCAUGUCUUUCGCGCGUGAAAAGUUGGAAAUGACAGAGCCACCAGGCAGGUCAAUCUCGAGGCACGCCUACCACGCAGCAAGAUGGACCUUAGAUAUCCUUCGCCCUUCAUUCUUCACUAAGUCGCCGCGAAAAGAGCUUCACGCUACCGCAUGGCUCGACGGUCUUCGAGGUUUUGCUGCCUUCCUGGUCUACUGGCAACACCACCAAGGUUGGGCUCGCGUUGGUAACACUGCGAGCGAUGCCAUGGAGACCGCAUUCGGUUACAAUGGUCAAUACUACUUCGCUCAAUUACCAGGGAUACGUCUCCUUUUCACGGGCGGCCACAUCGCAGUCUCUUGUUUUUUCAUCAUUUCAGGUCACGUGCUAUCAGCAAAACCAUUGACGCUGAUACACGCCGGCGAGUUCGUAAAACUAGAAGAUAAUCUAGCAGGUGCAAUGUUCAGAAGAUGGCCUCGGCUUUUUCUCCCAGCUCUCUUUACAACGCUACUCUAUGCGACUUCCUGGCACGUCUUCGGAUUCUGGACAGCAUUUCCGGAGCAUCAAAAGACCUAUGUGGAGGAAGUGAUUGAGUGGUACAAGCAGUUCAAGGGCUUUAGCUGGGUGUUCAGGACUGAUGAGAAGCUUUGGCUGAGGUACAACUUCCAUCUCUGGUCAAUCGCGGUCGAGAUGCGAGGCUCCGUGAUCAUCUUCACUGCGCUACUGGCAUUCUCCCGAUUCAAAAGGAACACCCGGUUGUUAUGCGAAGUGGUACUUACCUUCUACUUUCUAUUCAUCGUGGAUGGGAUGCUUUACGCUAUGUUCUGUGGUGGUAUGCUUCUCUGCGACUUGGACAACCUCGCCCGGAAAGACGACCUCCCAUCAUUUUUCUUCAAUUUCAAGCCCUACAAAAAGUCUAUCUUUUGGACCCUCUUCUUCAGCGGCAUUUAUCUCGGUGGUGUACCAAGUAUCGAUUUCCACACUAGCAUCUCACUCUUGGAGGAAUCGCCCGGUUGGAAAUGGCUCGCGAAGCUCAAGCCCACAUCCGUCUCUGAAUCAGACUACAAAUGGUUCUACCUCUUCUGGGGCGCCAUCUUCCUCUUGUCUUCCAUUCCGCGCAUCCCCAUCCUAAAAUCCUUCUUCGAAACCCGCUUCAACCAAUACCUAGGCCGGCUCUCCUUCUCACUCUACCUAAUCCACGGUCCCGUUCUCUGGACGCUCGGUGACCGUCUCUAUUUGGCCGCUGGUUGGGCGAGGGAAGUUAACGUAGACCCAGUAAGGGAUUGGAUUGGGAUCUUCCCGCUUUCAAAAGCGGGACCGUUGGGGCUAGAGUUUGGGUUCUGGGUGCCGCAUUUGAUUAUUCUGCCGUUUACGCUGUGGGUGGCAGAGGUGUCGACGAGGCUGUUUGAUAGGCCUAGCAACCAGUUCGCGAGGUGGACGUACAGCAAGUUUUUGGCGCAGCAUUAUAAAUAAUCAUUAGUGGGCUCAUGGUGGGUUCUGUUUAUAGCUGCAUUUGUACAGAUGCUCUUUAAACACAGUGACUGGCUCUCAAUUUUUUCAUAUCAGCCCUCCAAUCUGAUUCAAUGAGAAGCUAGACGCUGGGUCCAGCUAUAAGAACAACAACACCCCGACAUUCAUCUCUUGUCCAUCCACCUUCGCCAUGCCCUAACAGUAUUGCACCAUUGGGUAGGAAGAUCAGAAUCGAGACUCCGUGAGGUGGUAGCAGACACUAAUUGGAAUCCCUUUCUUCCCACUAAUAUCUACCCCUUGGAUCGAAUUUGAGAUGUUAUACGAAAGACUUUGCCCGAGCUGACCCUCUUCAUCAACCAUUUGCACUGCAGCUCGUAUGCAAGAAUGAUUCGGCAAACAAGAACGGACGCCACAAAUUUACCGAAAACGCUCAAGACAUCCGUUUAUCCU